AAUUUUUUAAAAAUUUAUAUUUUUAUUUUAUGAUACUAUAUUUUCGUUUUAAAUUUUGCAUGGCUUUGGAUAUUGAGCAAUAUUGUCUUACCAAGGUACUCUUUCAAUAAUUUGUUAAUUUUAUCAGUUUGCCAACUUGAUUUUAUAGAACAUUAGUUUAUUUUAUUUUGUUCGUAGACAUUUCCAAAGAUAUAUUAUAUCCCAAAUUUUAUAACCGAGGAAGAAGAAAGACUGCUUUAUGAACAGGUUUCAAUGUAAAAUUAAUUAAUUAAUGGAUAAUGUCAGCUUCAUUUCAGCCCCUGAAUUCUCUAACCAACUCCCCCCUGAAUUCUCUAACCACUCUCCCCCUGAAUUCUCUAACCAUUCUUCCCCCCUGAAUUCUCUAACCAUCCUCCCCCAAUUCUCUAACCACCCUCCCACCCCAGAAUUCUCCGGUUUACUCAUGUAGGUCAUUUAGUAACACCGACCAAUAUAGAUACUAGAUCUCUCAGUAGAACAGUUUAGAACAAAUUGAUAUGUUUCCAGCAUAAAAAUUAAGUAAAGUUAUAUUUAACUUUCGAAGGUUUACGCUGCUCCCAAACCCAAGUGGACUCCACUGUCAAACAGGCGACUCCAGAACUGGGGUAGGUGUCUAGGAACGGUGUUCUAUAUGUAAGAUAUAAAAUGUCAUUUACACUUUUUACAAUGGUCAUAUUUCUAUAUUUUUAGGUGGCCUACCACAUCCAAAAGUGAGGAAAUGUUUACUAGUUAUCUAAUGUAAAUAUUAAUAUAGUUAAAGUUUGAUUUCAUAAAUAUUUUUCAUAACAUUUUCUUUACAAUGUUAUAUAUAGUAAUCUUUAUUUUUUCUUUUAAUUCAUUUUGAAGGGAAUGAUUCCUGAAAAGUUGCCUGCAGUAAGUCUGAGCAUAGUAAUUUGUACAUAUCUUCACUUUUAGCAUGCUGAAGAGCAUCAUGAACAGCAUAUUUAAAUAGUGUAAUACAAAAAACACCACACUUGCAGUACUUAUGAAAUUUACUUUUUUUGUAUUAUCUUUGACUCCAAGUGGCUGUCACGUUAUGCAGAAAAGCUGGCGUCAUUUGGUAUAUUCGGCAAUCAUAUUCCAAACCAUGUAUUGGUCAAUGAAUAUACACCUGGCCAAGGCAUUAUGGUACUGAACUUGGAUAUUUCUAACUUUCUUUGUAAUUGUCAGUCUCUAGCUAAUGCCACUAGUUCUAUUUCUAUAGCCACAUGUAGAUGGUCCAUUAUUUCAUCCAGUGGUAACAACAAUUAAUCUUAAAUCUCACACAUUGUUGGACUUUUACCUCCCUGGCAAUGAUGGACACUCAAAUGAUACUGAUGUAAGUCAUUCAUUGGUCUACAGUAUUGACAGUUGUGGAAGUUUUGGUGGCAGGGGGGGGGGGGUGCUGCAAUUUCCCUCAUACCAAAGUUUAUAUACCUUUGCUAAAGUAAAUAGAGAAAUAGUCCCUAUUGCUCAUAACGUGACAUCAGCAAAUUCAUGAGCAAAUUCAAAGGAAAUGAGCAGUGUAUUGUUGUAAUAAAAAAUCAUAAAUUAAGUCAACUUUGUCUGCUGUUGAAUUUUAUUUUAUUUAACCCAUGAGUGGCAGCACUUCCUCCAAUAAAAUUGUUUGGUGUUGGACAGAGUACAUAGAUUAGUGAACUAGGGGGCAUCAGGGCAUAUAUUGCCAUUCAAAGGGUCGAAUGCUGGUUUGUUUGAUUAGUUAAAUCAUGUACUCAAAGUGUUUUCAAAUUAUGUUAAAAACUUGGCUAGCUCCUCGUGUUUCAACACACCUUCUGGUGCUUGUGUUUCUCUAACUACAGGAAAACGACAAGGAAGAUAACAGCUCACUAGAACAACGCCAUUUCAUGUCUUUAUUGCUCGAACCAAGAAGUCUAAACAUCUUAACAGAGGACAUGUAUACAAAAUAUCUUCAUGGUAUUGCCGAACGUAACGUUGAUCUCCUAGACAGUAAAGUUAUUAACCUAGAUUCAUGUUUUAAUGUUCCAGAGAACAAGAGAUUGCUGCGUGAUACUCGCGUCUCCCUUACAAUACGCUACGUACCAAAAGUCUUGAAUGUUAAACUAAAAUUGGGGAAAAAAUAACGUAUAGGAUUUAGGUAGAUUUAAAGCUGUCCUAGCGCAUGUAGCAGGGUUGUGAUCAACCAGCAGCUAUCAGGGUGAAAAAUUAUUUUCACAAUUUGUAAUAUUCUGUAUUUAGAGAUAAAUAUUGUGAAAUGCAGUUUAGUAUACCCUCCCAGACUCUUCCAGAAAGAUGUCACUUUGACUAUAGAGCCUCGUUUUCGUGUAUAUGACCGCUGCAUGGUUUCCACUAUCAAAGUUUCUGUGACCACAGUAGGAAUUUUGCGUGGAUAAAUUCUAAGUUUUGAAGGAUUUGUAAGAAAUGUUUGAGAGAACUGACUUAAUGUUUUCCUCAAACAUUUCUUACAAAUCCUUCAAAACUUAGAAUUUAUCCAUGCAAAAUUCCUGCUGUGGUCACAGAAAGUUUGAUAAUGUAAAGCUGCCUUUAAAGGCCAACAUCACGAAAACGAAGCUCUCCAGCCAAGGUGACGUGCUUUCCUGAAGAGUCGGGUAUUUUCAAUAUUGCUGACGUUCACUAUCAUCAGAUGCACAAUACACACUCAUGCAUGCUUUGAAGCCCUCGAUAUUUCUCUAUAUGUACAUGAAUAAAAAUUACAUUACUGCACAAAGUGUUUUCCUAACUAAUUAGUUUUGCUUACAUUAUAUAUUACAUUAUUUACAGCCACGGCUUUAGCAUAAACCUUCACUAAUUUCCCCUAAUUAACUGUUCAUUUCUGCUGUGGGAACAUAAAUAUGCAAUCGAAUUCGUUUAGUUGAAUCGUUUCCAUCCAUACCUCGACUCCUAGUUCCACUAUUAUUUACUCUUUGACCCUGUUCUUCAAAGUGUUUAGCCGUUCCGACAACUUUG